UUCAAAUAUAACUUGCUUCAAUCGAUGUUGAAUUUUGAACUGUACAGAAUAUUUAAUUUCGAAUCAGUAAAUAGUGUUGUUUAACAGCCUAUUCAUUUAUAAGAAAUUACCUCCGUUUACCAAGGAACGUAAAUACAGUUCUUUUCUUCCUUUAUUUAUGUUUUACCUUCGCUGUCAGACUCGAUUAAAUCACAAGUAUCAAUUGCAACAUGGCGAACCGAAGCUACUUUCUGCAAUAACCUCAAUUUUCCAUACAGCGGUUUACUGCAUCAGCGAAGAAAAUGUAGUAUAUAUGUAACCAUAUUCCAUUAUAUGACUCAGUAUGGAUUCUAAUACUGAAAAGGAUUCAUCUUUAGAAAAUGAAGAAAAUAUUGAUAGUUCAACUAUUCGAAAAAACAAAAUCAGUAGUAAUACAAGCAAAGCACCUGAAGAGUCGUUGAUUAUUGAAACUGAGAAAGAAAUUGUACAGACUUGCCAAAGUAGUGAAACCACGGCUGAUACAGCCAGAGAAACACAACAAACAUGUGAAGAAAGUAUAGAUAAUAGUAAACCAUUAAACACUAAAUUGUGCGAAGAAAAAUCUUUGGAUAAAAAUAAAUUAGAAGCAAACGAUUCAAAUUUACAAGAAAGCAAUGAAAAUAUAGCAUCAACAAUUUGUAAUAUACAGCCAGAUGGUUUAUGUAAAAGUAAUGCAAAAACUAUUUUACAAGAAAAUAAAUGCGAAGCAAUAUCAACAACAUCAGAUGUUGUGGAAAGCAAUGACACAAUUGAUACAUUGAGUAAUCCAACCAUAAUAGAAAAUAUAGAAUCUCAAAAAAGCUUAAUAGAUGUGCCAGGAAACACAGAAAUUCAAAGUUCAACAGAUAAGACAGAUGAAACAUGUAAUUUAAAUGUAGUUGAAAAAGAGGCUGAUGGCACAGAUGAAAAAACAAAAUUAUCAGUUAAUGAAAAAAAUAAUUCAGGUAAUAAAAAGACUGAUUCAGAACAAAUAUCUGAAGGUUGCGAGAAGGAUACAGCAGAAAAAAAUAUAAUAGAACCAGAAAAUACAGAGUUUGUACAGUUCUCUCAGGAGAAACAUGGAGAUGCUCAAAUUGAAAAUCAAUCCAUAGAUGCGGAGGACCCCUUUGGUGGAGACAACCUUAAUGUUGAAACUAUUGAGCCAAUGGACACAGACGAUCUUAAUGAAACCGAAGUAGGUUUUCCUAAACUAUGUACUCAGGCUGACAAUCUACAAGUUAUUGUAAGUGCUAGAGAAAGCGACUUUAAUGCUAGCAAUAAAGAUAAUGAAAAAAAUAAAGAUAUUUCUGUUAAUGCAGUGCAGUCUUCGAACAUAAGUCGAGAAGCUGAGAAGAAUUGCAUCGCAGGUCCGUCUGACAUAGAGGCGAAUUUAUCAGAAGGAAAUGAGAAUUUAAGCAAAACGAAAGUUGCAGGAUCAACUGAAAAAUGCGAUGAUACAACAGAAAAAGCUCUCCACGAAGUAACAGCAAUGGAAACUGAGGAAGAACAGUCGAAUGUUUUACCAGGACAAGAUGACGAGUUAUGUAUUAUUCCAGAUAGCAUGAAAGUGAUAAUUCCUGAACAAACGAAUAAAUCUAGCAUUAACAAUAACAAAUCUACAUGCGAAAUUAAUUCUGAUCACAAUACUGUACCAAAAAAUUCUGAAGAUAAAUCGAGUACAGACAGUAAUAAAGACAAGCAGCAAGAUGUAACGGACUUAAAAGAUGGAGACGAUGAUAAUACAAAAGCUGUUGAAAAUACUCACACAGAAAAAGAUUCAAUUAACAAUGUUACAGCUACAGCUACAGAUGUUAUUAACAUAGAUGAGGAGUCGAAGAACUCUGAAAUUGAAGAAAUAACUAGCAAAGACAUUUGUAAACAAUGUAAAGAAGAAAGAUCAUGCAAGAUUAAAGUUAAAAUUGGUUUUGAUACGUUUCACGUUUGUUCGAAAACUUGUAAAGCUUUAUUCAAAGCUGCCAAUAAUAGAGCUGUAGAUAUUCCCAGUGACGGAGUUAAUUCCAAAAGAGACAAACGUUGUGCAAACUGUUUACUGAUUGUCGAACUCGGUGACGAACGUAAUCUCUCUUGGGAGACAAUGGAAUUUUGUAACGAAGAGUGUUUAGGGAAAUUUCAAACAAAAUACGGAAGUUAUUGUCGAAAUUGUAACGGAUCGGUGCAGGCAGUAAGUUUAGGCAAAUAUUGCGUACGAUUUGGUUACGACGUUAGACAAUUUUGUUGUUCCACUUGUUUGGAAGAAUUUAAGAAAGGAUUAAAAGUAUGCACAUAUUGUCAGAAGGAUAUAAGUUCCAGUACCGAAGGGUUUCUUGCACCAGUCGGCGAUAAAGGGCAAUUUAAAGAUUUUUGUACACAAGAUUGUAUGGAGAAAUAUUCAAAAAUGAGUUCUGUAGAACCACCAGUCCUGGAAAAAAAAUGUUGCAGUGUUUGCCAAGAAGAAAAAGUUGUUCACUGCGAGGUCCAAAUAGAUAGAUCUGGUCCAGUAACUAUCUGUAGUGAGCCUUGUUUCGCAGCAUUCAAAUUUGUAAAAAAAGUCGAUCCUGAUCAAUGUUCCACUUGUAAAAAAUUCUUUGAAAUGCCUAACAAAAAGAGUUCUGUCGUAUUUUAUGAGAAAGAGGCUCACACAUUUUGUUCAAAAACCUGUUUAAAUAUAUUUAUUAUUACAAACAGAAAGAUUGUUCCAUGCAAUUGGUGUAAAGUAAAAAAAUAUAAUUUCGACAUGAUUAAAAAGGAGUUGAAAACGGGACAAGUGAUGAUGAUGUGCAGCCUAAACUGUUUAACUUUAUAUCAGGUUUCGAUCAAUGCGGUUUCAGCGAAGAGGAUAAACUGUGAUUUCUGUCGAGAAUUCUCUCAAGCACAGUAUCAUUUAACGAUGUCGGACGCGACGAUACGAAACUUUUGUUCGUACAAUUGCGUGAUGAACUUUCAAGCUCAAUAUACAAAAUCGCCGAUAACGAUACCAACGAGUGAUGACCCUGUGCCUACCGGUAUGCCUAAAAGAACGUUACCUCAGAGGAACGCGAGCUCGAAUAAUCAAAAAACCAAUGACAUGCAGAACAAAAAGAAUAUGCCAGUGAUUUCAUCUGUGACGAGUCUAGCCGCGAUAGCAAAUGGACAAGCCAGUCCAACAACGCAACAAAAUAAUGUAAAUAAUAUGGUAAUACCUUCGGUUGCUAUCAGCCAGAAUCAGGCAUCUCAAGUGAUAUAUAAGCAACAUAUAAUAACGAGGCCACCGAGUCCGACUCAAGUCCACAAUAAAAACACUCAGUGCAAACCACUGAUGCAUACAAAAGGAGUUUCCGUGCGUCCGCAUCCUUGUACAAAGGCCACGCAAACGGAUGGAGUCAACCAGGCAGUUAUUCCGAUACCAGUACCAAUUUAUGUUCCAUUUCCAAUGCAUAUGUAUAGUAUGCCUUUCCCGGUCCCGUGUCCAUUCCCGUUACCAAUUCCUGUUCCUAUUUUUAUACCUACGACAAAAAAUAGCGCUAAAGGGAUAUUUAAAGACAUUAAAAGAAUACAAGAGAAAAUACCAGCAGAUCCAUUCGAAGCUGAACUCUUGCUGAUGGCAGAGAUGGUUGCAACGGAAAAGAAAACCAAUGAAAGUGACUCAGAUUCUGCCGACGAUAGGGAUGAAGAGGCUGGUGAUCGUGAUCAAUCACACAGCGGAGGUUUUAGUCCAGAAGGAGUGGAUUCUAGUAAUACAUUUGGCGAUGAUAUGUUACAAAUGGCUCUAAAAAUGGCAACUGGUGAACUGGACGAACCCGCUGUUGAUUUAGAAGCUGCUUUAACUCCAAAUACAAUCACGGCUACACAAACAUCAGCACAAUCUGAGACCAGUAUGGAAACUGAUGUCCAAUCCGAACGACUAAUGGUUAGUUCUCGUGGAAGGAAACGAAUGGUUCCGUACAAACCAAGGUCUACUCCGAAUAAGCGAGGGAGGCGUGUAUCUACAACGAACGAUAUGCCUUUGAUGCCACCUCCCGAAUCUCAACCACCGCCUCAACCAAGAAUUAUAGAACCUAUGGAGAAACCAGAUGCCAACAUGGCCCUGAAAUAUACAUUUGGAGUAAAUGCGUGGAGACAAUGGGUAAUCGCAAAGAAUGCCGAAUUAGAGAAACAAAGUACACCUAUGAGAAAAAUGAAAUUGUUUAAAACGGAUCUCUUGCAACUCACAGCAGAUGAAUUAAAUUAUUCGCUGUGUCUAUUCGUAAAAGAAGUUAGAAAACCAAAUGGCACGGAAUAUGCUCCAGAUACAAUAUAUUACCUUUGCUUAGGAAUACAGCAGUAUUUGUUUGAAAAUAAUAGAAUAGAUAACAUUUUUACGGAUGCAUAUUAUGAAAAGUUUACGGACUGUUUAAAUGAAGUGGCGAAGAAAUUCUCUGUUCUUUAUAAUGAUGCACAAUAUAUUGUUACGAGAGUCGAAGAAGAACAUUUAUGGGAAUGCAAACAAUUAGGUGCUCACUCGCCCCAUGUUCUCUUAAGUACUCUUAUGUUUUUUAAUACGAAACAUUUUAACCUCGUGACAGUAGAAGAGCAUAUGCAGUUGUCAUUUUCUCAUAUUAUGAAACAUUGGAAACGUAAUCCUGCUGCACAACCUGCUGCUGCAACAGGAAAAGUUCCAGGAUCGAGAAACGUUCUUCUUCGUUUUUAUCCACCGCAAUCUGCAUUGGAAGGCAAUUCACGUAAAAAGAAAGUAUAUGAACAACAAGAAAAUGAAGAAAAUCCAUUGAGAUGUCCAGUAAAAUUAUACGAAUUUUACUUAUCCAAGUGCCCAGAGAGCGUGAAAACUCGUAACGAUGUAUUCUAUUUAUUACCUGAAAGAAGUUGUGUACCGGACAGUCCAGUAUGGUACUCAACAUCUCCAUUGGCUAAGGAACAUCUCAUAAAAAUGCUCUAUCGCAUUAAGAUGGUUAAAGAAAUUAAUGUGGCAUUACUGACUAGUUAAUUUCAUGUUCGUACAUUUAAUCUUCUCUCUGUUAAUUCGGUUCAUGUAACACACAAAAAGUAAUCGUUUCCACAUGAAACAAACAAGAAUGUUCAAAGAAUGAUGUGUAAUCAUUGAAAUUUUAUAAUUUCUAUUGUAUAUUUUUCACUUCCUAAUGAAAUAAAAAAAUUUAUGAACAAAUGAAUAUUCCAUGAUAGUGCCACGUGUGGACAUAAAUCUUAACUAUAAUAAAUACCAAUUGUGCUACACGAUUAAACUUUUAUUAACAAUAUAAACAGAAUUAUACACUCUUCUUUGGUCUUGAAAAUGUACGCUUACGUUUCAAUAUAUUCUUUUUUACCUCUAAUUGACCGAGUUCAAUCUGUAAUUCAGAAAAUAUUUCUUCUUGCUCUUCUUGUGGAAUGGUCGCUCUAAAACAAUACAAUAAAAAAAAAGUGUAUGAAUAUGUAACGCUUCUAUAUGUAAAUUAAUGUACAUUUCUGUACAGAAAUUUUUACCUGUAAAUUUUCAUUAAAUCAAAUUUCUCCCAUGG